UCAUCAAAACCGUCUGAACCCCUUCUCUCUCUCAAUUUUCUCUCUCUAUUUCUCUCCCUCUCUCAGAGUUUCCUCGAAUUUCUAUUUCGUCCGAUUUGUUUCUCCUCCGAGGCAGCAGCAUUCUUUCAAUUUAUAAACACAAGGCAGAUUAAUAAAAAAAAAAGAGAAUAAAAUGCAAAAGGUGAAGGAUCAGCGGCCUAGAUCUUCAAAACCGACGACAAUCCAUGGCUUUGCGCAGUCUGGGGAUUUAAAUUCCUUCCAGAAGUUGCUCCGCGACAACCCAUCUCUUCUCAAUGACCGGAACCCUGUUAUGGCACAAACACCUCUCCAUGUUUCUGCUGGUUACAAUAGCAUUGAGAUUGUAAAAUUUCUUCUUGAUUGGAGAGGGCCUGAAAAGUUGGAACUGGAGAUCAAGAACAUGUACGGAGAAACGCCAUUGCAUAUGGCAGCUAAGAAUGGAUGUAAUGAAGCUGCAAAGUUGCUUCUAACUAAUGGUGCUUUUGUUGAGGCCAAAGCAAAUAAUGGGAUGACUCCUUUACACCUUGCUGUAUGGCACUCACUCCGAGCUGGAGACUGCUCAACUGUCAAUACGCUGCUAGAAUAUAAUGCUGAUUGCAGUGCUGAAGACAAUGAGGGAAUGACUCCUUUAAAUCAUCUGUCACAAGGGCCAGGUAAUGAAAAAUUGAGGGAACUUCUGCAAUGGCAUUUUGACGAGCAGAGAAAAAGGAGAGCAAUUGAAGCAUGCAGUGAGACAAAAGCGAAAAUGAAUGCACUUGAGAAUGAAUUGUCAAAUAUAGUUGGUUUGAAUGCACUUAAAUUGCAACUUAGGAAGUGGGCAAAGGGUAUGCUCUUGGAUGAGAGGCGUCGUUCCCUUGGACUUAAAGUCGGACCCAGAAGACCACCUCAUAUGGCCUUUCUUGGAAAUCCUGGAACAGGGAAGACUAUGGUAGCUAGAGUCCUUGGGAAACUACUCCACAUGGUGGGAGUACUUCCAACUGAAAAGGUUACAGAGGUGCAAAGAACAGAUUUGGUUGGAGAAUUUGUCGGUCACACUGGCCCCAAGACAAGAAGAAAGAUACAAGAAGCGGAAGGGGGCAUUCUGUUUGUAGACGAAGCGUAUCGCUUAAUACCUAUGCAGAAAUCAGACGAUAAAGAUUAUGGAUUAGAAGCACUAGAGGAGAUCAUGUCUGUGAUGGACAGUGGAAAAGUAGUUGUGAUAUUUGCUGGCUACAGCGAACCGAUGAAGCGUGUUAUAUCUUCUAACGAGGGCUUUUGCAGACGUGUCACUAAGUUUUUCAACUUCGAUGACUUCAGUUGUGAAGAUCUUGCAAAUAUUCUUCAUCUCAAAAUGUCUAAUCAGUGUGAAGAUAGUCUACUCUAUGGGUUUAAAUUGCACCACCCUUCAUGCAGUUUAGAGGCUGUUGCGAAACUGAUAGAACGAGAAACCACUGAAAAACAGCGCAAGGAGAUGAAUGGAGGUUUAGUAUAUCCAAUGCUAGUAAAUGCCAGAGAGAAUUUGGAUUUGAGGAUCGAUCUUGAUUGCAUUGACUCGGAUUCUUUACUUACAAUCACAUUACAAGAUUUAGAAGCUGGGCUUCAGUUACUCACACAUUGAGUGAGUUCUUAAAGAUUUUGUGUAGCAGAUAAAAGAAGAAGAAGAAGACGGUGAGAUUAUAUUGUAUGUCAAUUUAUAUUUAUAGUUCAUGGGUUCCCCCAUGUAUUCAAUUUAUAUUGUAUGUUACUGAGCCAUAACAUUUUAGUGGAACGAACUGAUUUGUUGUUUUGUACGGAACAUCAAGUAUCUUAGUCACGAAUUUAUUUAGGCUUGAUUUGUUGGAUAAAAGAA